AUGCUGCAGACUUGCCUGGCCUUGAUCAGCACGUGCUUGGGCUGCGUUUUUGCUGGAGGUUUUGGAGGCUACGGAGGAGGAUUUGGAGGGGGCUUCGGAGGAGGCUUUGGAGGAGGCUUUGGAGGAGGUGGAUUUGGAGGACUCGGAAUUGGCUUGGCCGGCACGUACUUCGGAGGUCCGGGUACAAGCGGAUACGUGAAGUCCAUCUCCGGUCCAGCGUUCGUGGUCCAGAACACGCAUCACAUAUCAAAGAUCCACAGCGGCCAGCCCAUCCUGGCCCACAGCGGAUUGGGGGGUGGCUACAAAGGCGGCUACGGAGGCGGCUACGGAGGCGGCUAUGGUGGUGGCUUUGGAGGCCACGGCUGGUGA